ACAUCUAAUGAUACCAGAUACACUUUCAAUAAUUAUUUAUUUCCUCAAGCAAUUAGUACAUGCUUUUAACAUCAAAUUUGAUAUACCCAACCAAUUUGAUGUGUAGUAUUAUUAGACUUGCUGCUGUUCAUCACUAUCCUUAUGAGGGUAAUAUAUAUGAAAGAAUGGGUAAAGUAAACUAAGGAGGAAGGGAAGACCCAUAUCAUUGGACCUUGGAUUUUUAUGUAAAAAAGAUUUGCUGACAAUAAGAAAAUGGAACUCUCUCUCCUUUGUCAUCCACUCAAACCCACCUUCUCUCACCAGUCUCUCUCCUCCUUGUCCACCACAGGAAAGAUAAACUCCUGCAAGAAUGCGUCGCUCUUGGGAUGCCGCUGUUCAUCAUCAUCUCUAGAGGGUCUUGUUCAAAAAUUCUCUUCGCAGAAUGAGGGGAGGAGGGCGUUGGUGGGUUGUCUUCUUGCAGCAGCUGCUGGAAUUUCUUUCUCUGAAGCUGCUAGUGCUGUGAGCACAAGCCGAAGAGCUCUGAGGGGAGCCAAAAUACCAGAAAGUGAAUAUACCACCCUCCCAAAUGGUCUAAAGUACUAUGAUUUGAAGGUUGGCGGGGGACCUGAAGCUGUAAAGGGAUCUCGGGUUGCAGUUCAUUAUGUUGCCAAAUGGAAAGGUAUUACAUUUAUGACCAGCAGACAAGGUCUUGGUGUUGGUGGUGGAACGCCUUAUGGAUUUGAUGUCGGGGAGUCUGAGAGAGGAAAUGUUCUUAAAGGAUUGGACUUGGGAGUUCAAGGCAUGCGGGUUGGAGGCCAGCGGUUGCUGAUAGUACCUCCUGAGCUAGCUUAUGGAAAUAAAGGGGUACAGGAAAUUCCUCCUAAUGCAACAAUUGAGUUGGACGUUGAACUACUAUCCAUCAAGCAAAGCCCAUUCGGGACUCCUGUUAAAGUUGUUGAAGGAUAACUAACUUGCGUGUUACCGGUAUUGAUUUUGUUUUGCGGGAGUGGAGAUGUACAAGGUCCAGCUAAUGCUGGGCAUGCUUUCAUAUUUUGACAGCUACAUGAAGCACUUAGUUGCUUUGUUGAUGAAUUGGAGAAGAUGCCUCCAUUGAAUAUAUUGUGCUCUUCAUUCAAUAUAGCUCAAGACUAUGGAUCUACUAUUCAGUUCUUGGCAAUUUUGAGCAUCAGACAAAGAACCUCUUUGUAGUUUCCAAA